UCUCCCAGGCGGGCGGGCGGGCGUUGUCAGACGGAGCCCGCAGGAGGAGCGUCAGUCUGCGGCGAACACAGCGAGCACCGGCCGAGUCUGUGGAGUUAGCCACAGAGCUAGCCAUGAGCUAACAAGGAGCCAGCUGACUCUUUUCAUUUCGCCACCUUUACUCCAACCUUCGCCAAACGUCGCACCGGGGUGAAUACUGUUUUAAUUACAAGACUUUUACGGUCAUCAUUUCACACGGUCCCUCCCUCCAUCUCAAGCUCCAUCUUGAACGUUCUUCCCUUUAACCCUCGGAUCUCUCGCUACAAAGAGCCAUGGCAGCUGCUAAGCCAAAAGGGCAGAACUCCCUAGCCCUUCACAAAGUGAUCAUGGUGGGCAGCGGUGGUGUUGGGAAAUCUGCCCUCACUCUCCAGUUCAUGUAUGAUGAGUUUGUGGAAGACUACGAGCCCACCAAAGCUGACAGUUACAGGAAGAAAGUGGUGCUGGACGGAGAGGAGGUUCAGAUCGACAUCCUUGACACAGCUGGACAAGAGGACUACGCAGCCAUCCGAGAUAACUACUUCCGCAGUGGCGAGGGUUUUCUCUGUGUCUUUUCCAUCACAGAACUGGAAUCUUUUGCAGCUACAGUAGACUUCAGAGAGCAGAUCCUGCGAGUGAAGGAGGACGAGAAUGUGCCCUUUCUUUUGGUCGGCAACAAGUCAGACUUGGAUGACCGACGGCAGGUGAGCGCGGACGAGGCGAAGGCACGUGCCGAGCAGUGGGGUGUGUGCUACGUGGAGACUUCUGCCAAAACCCGUGCCAAUGUCGACAAGGUGUUCUUUGACCUGAUGCGAGAGAUCCGGGCGAGGAAAAUGGAGGACAGCAAAGAGAAGAACGGGAAGAAGAAAAGCAAAAGUCUGGCCAAGAGAAUCCGAGAGAGAUGCUGUAUUUUAUAGUGGUAAAAGAGAGCAGGGCAGCUGCUUCUGUACAUAUACAUUUCUCAGACUUUUGCAUUUAUUUUGUGCCGAUAACCCGACCAUGACUCUCUCAUGUCUCUGGCUCACAGGACAUCUGACCGUAUGUCGGGGAGUAGUAGGGUGGCACUACAUACACCAUUUAUAGCUCUAACUUUUUAUGUGCUGACACUCCAAAUAAUUUAUCUACUCUCUCUCUCUCUCUCUCUCUCUUCCUCUGACCACAUUGCAGAGUGUAAUAAAUGGAUGGUGUUUAUUUCGGUCUAAACUUGACAAGAGGCUAAGCCCUGAAAUGUAAAAAAAAAAAAGAAAACACACAAAAAAAAAACCUUUCAUUGUAAAGUUUGAUGUGUAAAAUAUAUUCAGACAACUGUGCCGUUUGAAAGAAAAGAGAAGAAUUGAACGUGUCAGAGCUGAGGUUUAAACGGGGAAGUGGAUCGUGGUUAGGAAAUGAACGCUAACAGACUCAGUGUCAACCCAGAAUUCAUCAAGUGCCACAGAGGAGAUGAAUUCCCUGCACUGGUGAGUCAAUGAAGCAUUUUGAUUGAAAGAUCUAAAUUUGAUGCGUGUUGUUUUACACCUGACUUAUCAUAUGUGGUAUGAGAAUGACUACUCCAUCUUUUAAUGAUUUUCUUUCACUUCUUCUUUUCUGUAAGAUAAGUACACCAUUAACGUCUGUUUUCGUUUCCCCUUCCCGUCAUCUGUGUCCAGCCUUCUCAAAUGCACAAGCAUCCAUCAUUGCCCUUGAGUUAGUGAGGGAGUUAACAACACUUGAACUUUUUCAAUUCUAACAUUUCAUGAGUUUCACCUCACUCUGCUAACGGCUUACAUUGCCUGUUAUUUCUGCGAUUUAAGGAAUCCCUGGUGCUCUGAUGAAAGGCGAUUCCAACAACACUACAUCCUUUACAUGCUGUCCUUAAUCCUGAAGCUGAUCUAACACAUUGCUUCCAGUCAUGUAAAGAUUUAUUUUGCCAAUACUACUUUUCCUGGCUCAGACUUUGAAUCACAACCCAAAUGCAUUUCUGAAGCGACUUGCGUGGGAUAGAAUUAAUGGAUCGAUGGAUUUAAAGACAUAGAAUAUCUCAAAUGAAUGCACUUGAGGAGGUACUUGUCCAAAAAAAAAAUAAAAAAAAAUGUUGCUCUCAGUCACCAAAGAAAAAAAGCUAGCUAGCACAAACAAGUGCCCACUUGAGAAUGGAAGUAAUAAAAACUUGCUAACAGUGAGCAUUAAAGGAAAGCACCCGGUGUUUGUGAACAAACUCUCUUUGUAAAAGUGACGGUGGCAAAGGUUGAGGAAGAGUCUUAACGGAAAGAGCUAGAUUUAGGCCUGAGAAAGAGACGCAACAUUAAGGAGGGAUUUACUAGUUCAUGUACAGUGCAUCACUGUUGCCUCUCUGUCCAUUGUGAAUGUGAAUAAAUCCCUGACCCCCUUCCUCCUCUCCCCUCCCCCAUCCCCAUCCUGUUUGCCUGUAAUCUUAGGCUGCCAACGAUGUGUAGAGUUUGCAGGUUGUUUUGUUUCUGCUUUGUUUACCUUUAUCACAUUUUGUGUGAGGCUACCUGAUUUUAUAAUGCUGUACAACUAAAUGGAGUAUCAUUUGAUCUUGAUGGUGAAGUAAUGACUUUACAUGCAAGUAGAGAUUGACAGUGUAAAAAAAAAAAAAAAAAUUGGCAAAAUGAGAUGAACAUAGACCAAAACCACACUGUGAAAUCUCCCCCUCAUUUCUAAAGCGUCCCCUUUAUCACUGAACCACUCUUUGUUUAAGCUUUUAAAAUUGUCAUCUUAUUUAAUAUAACUUAUUUAUAUUCUUUUUUUUUUAAGUCAGCUGCCCAGAGGUUGUUUCUAUAUUUCACUCUGACUCUGUUGUAGUCAUUUCAUGAACACUCAAAAGAUCCCCUCAACUGACAAGAUGCCCGACACUGGAGUCUAUGCAAAAAUCAUUCUUUUGAUUGCAGAAGAGAUGUGAAACAAUUAAAGACACUGUCAGUCUUAACCACUUUAAAUAAUAAUACUGAAGCAUUUAAGCUGGUUAGAAAACCCAGUGUAAAUCAACACUUUUAAAUCGUCUUUAAAAAUACUUAAAAAUGUCAUUUAUGAACACUAAAGAAUCUCUUUCUUCAUUAGAGGCUUUGCUUAUCACAUAGACUGUACAAAAGAAGUGGACAUAACCAUUGUGACAUCAUUCAUUGGUUUACGAACCAACUGUUUGAAGCUCUGAAUCCUAUUGAUCGACUGUCGCCAUGUUUUAUUUAUUUAUUUUGAUUCUGUUAGAAUUAGAAGUAUUUGGAUGUCAGGGUCGAAACACAUUGAAACGUCUCUAAUCUGGUUGACAGAUUGAAGAAACUAGUCACGGAUACAACCUGAAGCUUACCUGGCUUUAUCACCUUUACCACCCGUUACACUCUAAAAUGAAACACUAUUCAGAAAAAGAGCGUUGUGCUGUUAUUACACAGACUUUAAACUUCCAGUCGAGACCCUAAAGUCAUCAUGAGACAUUGACUGAGGUUAUAAAUGAACUGAGAAGAAUAAUCAAUAUGACUUCAGCAUGCACACAGUGGAGUCCCCUCCUGCUGACCGUCAACAGCUCAAGUUUUAACAUCUUAAACCAACAUCCACUUCUCUUUUAUAGUCUAUGCUUAGUGACAUAGUUCAUUGUUUUCAUCGUAAACAGACAGUAGUGCGAAAGAAUGUCCGAAGCAUUUCUUGUCGACUGAAAAAAAAAGCACACAGCAGAGAGUUUUUAAAGAUGAGGCAAACUGUGAGGAAAACCCAAACUGUUGGGGACGUCAUGGCAACUGAACGCUUGGAAGGUAGUUUUGAGUUGAUACUUCUUAAGGGCUAACCUCCCCGUACACCACACCGUGAUCAAAACACCCCUGAAAGUGACAGAGACAGGCACAGAAACGGACAUAUAGUGGAAGAAUAACAGUCUGUCGUUAGCUUAUGAGCGUAAAAUUAACCCCCGUGUGUCUUCAGUGUCGAUGACUGCAGAAGCUACUGUUUGUAAAGUGACCACCGUAGUGCUUGCUUUCUCUUAACAUCGGCUUUACAGUCUAAUUCCUGUCAAAGUGCUUUUUCAGGAGCCAAUAUUUCUCUUUAUAAUUCUGUUCUUUGUCUUCAUGUCGAGUUUGAAGAGACUUAAUGGCCCUUCUAUUUUCAAUGGAACAGAAGGGGUGAAACUAAAAGCGAUCUGUGUGUGUGUAAGCUAUGAGCGUAACUGUCCCACUGGGUAUUUAGAGAACAUGUUUCGCCUUUUUAUAUUAAAACCCUCGGAGUAAAAAAGUAGAUAUAUAAAUGUCUUUUUGAUUGGAUGGUUGUACGUACACCGCCAAUUCAAUGUUUCCUUCAUGUUGACUUCUUUUGAACAUAACCACUAAUGUAGCCUAUCUGUUUGUGAAUGCAAGAGGUGAAGCUUACGUUUCAAUUCAUUUUUUGUGAGUUCUUUGGAAAUGGCAAAUAAAGUGGAUAUUACUAAUAACA